UUGAGAGAGGGAAUGUUGAAUUGUGGGUAAGGUGUUAUGGAUGCGGAGGAAGGACGUGCAGCAGCGAAGCACAACUUCUGAGGCGACAUUUUCUGCAUAAGGUUCAAAGGGCGCACACGUUUUCACGGUGUCUGAAUAAAUGGUAGAAGACAUCAGUAUGAGGCGUGGCUAUCCCUUUCAUUGAACCAGCCAGUGCAACUACAGUGAAAACGUGACGCCUACACGCGCCAAAAAACGUCUCGUUUCACGUUGAGUAAAACGCCGACGCGGUCGUCGUCUAGAGUUAAGGAACGGCACCUGUCCGAGGAAAAGAGAAGAGGAAUCACGAUCGCUGGGCGACUAGCGGCUGGAGAAGACGCUAGAGAAGCGGCUUGCUGAUUUACAAGCACGGCGGCAGAAGAGUGCAGUUCAGCAGGGGUCAUCAGUUUUCACGGUGUCUGAAUAAAUGGUAGAAGACAUCAGUAUGAGGCGUGGCUAUCCCUUUCAUUGAACCAGUGCAGCUACACUCCCCAUGUCUGUGCCAACCUCAAAGGCAGGGAAAUGAAAUCCUUUACAGGUAAGUUUCAUGCUAAAAUUAGGCUACAUUUUUUCGUUAUUUACACUAUCUUUAUUUCAUGGCAUUUUAUCAUUUUGUCUUUUUAGAGAUAAAGUAAAUUUUGCAAUCUAUCACAACUUUAACUUAUAGUAGGCAUCUGUAAUUUGACUCUUGAUUCUACAGCUGAAGGUGGAAUUUGAACCUACAACCUUUGUGUCUAAAGACAGCAGCUUUAACCACUACACUCCCAGCCACAGCAAAACAAAAACAGAAAGCUUUACGUUGAUGAGUAGUCCUCAGAUGAACUUAUAGGAGUUAAGCAAGUGUUUAUACAAACUAUUCACCUGCUAAAUGUACAGUCCCAACCAGAAAAGAGCUGAAUGUACAGUACAUUUUAUGUUUGGUGCUCUAACCAUGUUAUACAUUAGUGUUGUUUUUCUCAUGCAUCAAUCCUCAGUUUCUGAGAGGGUUUAAAAAGUAAUAUGGAGGCUUGAGAAACUGAACUGCAGAACUGUGGAUACUGAGAAUGCAGUACGCAGGGUCAGUGUAAAGUAAUCAGGCUGGGAGGUGGGUAAACCACAUGCAUUUUCUCCUCAUGGAAAAUACCAGCAAACACAGGUAAGUUCCGCAUGCAUGACUUUGCAAGAGUGGUCAAAGUUCCAAGUGCAAAGUCAACAAACAGACCAGACGGAAAUAAGAUGAAGGACCCACUGAGCGGUUGCACUGUAAGUACAAAUUAUAAAUGUCUUACUUUCAGUGUGUUAAAAUUUGUGAUCUGUCUGGAAGUACAUUAUUUUAUUAUUUGACUGAUGAUGCACAUUUACUGUAUGUGUUAAGCCCACUUUGUUCUAUACAUUGUCUAAAUAUGUUCCAGUAUAACCUUUUGUACCAAGAUCUGAAGAGGUUCUCAAAAAAUGGAGAACAUUUCUGUAAGGAGCUCAUGUCGGUCUUUCAGCAAAGGGCUGAACUGGAGAUCAGCUAUUCCAAGGGCCUGCAGAAGCUGGCAGGGAAGCUAAUCAAGGCCUCCACGGGGAUGGUGCGGAACUCCACUUAUGUUGCUUGGUCACAUGUGUCGGACGAAAUGUAUUCCACAGCAGACGUGCACAGGACACUGGGGAAUGCUAUUCAGCAGGAAGCCAUUCUAGAAAUCCGCCAAAUUCUAGAAGAACACGCCAAAAGAAAGCGGCCAUUAGAUAACGCUGUUGAGAAGACAGGGAAGCUUGUGGUCUCAAACUGGAACGAGCAACUCAAGUGCAAGAAGAAAUUAAUUGGACUAACAAGAGAGCAUGAAGCCCUUUUCAGUUUUGUGGAGAACAACAAACAAAUGUGUACGGAGAAAGAAAAACAGAAGAUGCUCAACCGAUUAACGAAGUCUGCGGAAGUGCAAGCUCGUGCAGAUGAGGAAUACUUCACCACCAACCUGGCCGGCCAACAGUUCCGGCUCAAAUGGGAAUCUACCCUGAAGAACUGCUACCAGGUUGUGCAGGAAUUGGAGAAGCAGCGGAUAGAGAUAUUGUGUAACAUCCUAAAUAAGUACAACCUUUACAUGAUCAGCUUUGGACAGACACUCAUCCACUGUCAGAAGCAAAUAGACCAAGCCAUCAGGAAAGUGGAUGUGGAAAAAGACAUACAGAUGAUGGUGGAGCAAACAAGUGUGACUGCAAAGGACAGCAAGGCUGAGUUCCUCCUCGCUGAUUAUUUUGAAGAGGACAGUAAAACUGUAAUGGGCAGAGACAGACGAAGAGAAGCCAUUAGGAUGAAGCUUCAUCGAAUAGAAGACCAUAUCAUAAAAACAAAAAAAGACCAGGACGGUUUGGAGAGAAUGAUAAAGACAUACACUGAAAAUCCCUCCUUCUCAAACAAGAAGAAUCUGGAGGAAACAGAACAGCUGCUUGAUGAGACCGCAUUGAAACUGGAACUCCUAGAAGCCACCUACUGUAAGCUCUCUACAACCAUGGCAGAACUAGAGGGAAAGCCCAAGUCUUCUCAUCGAUUUAGUGACAGAAUUACAAAAUGGAAAGACAAGGUACAGGACUAUGAACACAGCAUUGUGCAGCUGGUUCGUCCAGUCAAGAUCAGGAAAAUUCCAUUCAGGUCCAGAAUGUCUCUCAGGUUGGUCCACUCUUACGAGGCAUCCCAGGAACCUUGUUCUGUUGGUCAGAUGGCCACCUCUGUAGAGAACAUGGAGCCAAAGCAAAAUCACGAGUCCAACGGACAGCAUUCCGACUUCACUGAUGACACAGAAGAUGAAUCAGGUGCAGAGCUUCCAAAUAUUGGUAAAUGCAAAGCUCUGUAUGACUUCAUCUCAGACAGAGAGGAUGAGCUAAACAUUAAAGAAGGUGACCUUCUGGACAUCUUAGAAAAGAAUGAUAAUGGCUGGUGGUAUGGGUCAUUAAAUAGCCAGAAAGGUUAUUUCCCCUCAACUUAUGUUGAGGAACUUCCAACCAUCAGCAUCACCAAGUCAUUCGACGUGUGAGACUUUCACAGUUGGACAGUGAUUAAAGUGGUGUGGUCAACAAGGUUUGAACUGAGAUUAUGGUCAAAAAUUAAUACACUGAACAAUUUUCAUUGUGUAAAACGCACAGAACGUAUUUGAAAUUGCUGCAUAAAACAUGAUUGAACUCUGCAGCUGAGGCUAGGAAAGCUUAACCUAAAAUUCACAGGUUUUAUACAUUUGAAACAGUCUUUCGAAGGGGGGGGCUCUUUGCCACCUGAAAAUGGAGCAGAAUUUGUGACAAAUUGUGAGGUCCUUCUGUGAUUUUUUUUUUUUCCCUUCCCCCC